GCGGCGCCCGCCCAUUCCCACAGCUCCGGGAAGACCCGGGCGGCGGAGGCUUAGCCCCCUCCCCUCCCGCUUCCUCCUCUUCCUCCUGCCGGUCUGAGGGCGGCGGUCUCCGACUCAAGACCCUGGGGCUCCGGGUCUUCUCAGCAGCCGCCGCAGCAGCCGCGGCGACGUCACUGUCUUCGCGGCCUGGCACACAGCGCUCAGGCCGCCGAAUGCCGGUGGACGCGCAUCUCUUCCCAGAGUUCCUGCUUCCUGGGCCAGCCAAAGCCGCAGACGCAGCCAACUGCCACCAGGUGGCAGAACAAGACGAGAAAACUGCCCCACCCAGUCCCCGAGCCCCUUCUGCGGCAGUUUUUGGGGACAUUUGGGCAGCAGGGAUGUCUCCUCUUCUCUGCACUGCAUGCACCCAGGAAAGGCCAUGUGACGUCUUAGCAAGAAGGAGGUAAACCAUGAGGAGAGCCUUCAGCAGAAACCAAAUCGGCUAGCACCUUGAUCUUGGACUUCCCAGGUGGCAGAACUGUGAGAAAAUAAAUGUCUGUUGUUUAAGUCACCCAGCCUGUGAUAUUUUGUUAUGGCAGCCCGAGAAGACUAAUAUACCAACCUAGCGAUUUUUCAAAGAAAUGAGACCCGGGCUGGCCCAGGAGGCCAGGCUGCUCAGUCCCCGAAGCCUGAUGGCAGAGAGCACCUCAGGGUCUUGCCUGCUGUGAGUGCCUUGAAGAGGGAGCAGCGGGCACGGCCAAAGAGACACCUGGCUCAAGGACCAAUAAGGAGUAUGGCUGCCCCUCCCAAAGCUCCCAUCCGUGUCAGGAAUUUGACCAUCAGAGCAGGAGCCCUCACUGGGAAGGAGAACAACAUGCUGCAGCCCGAGACCCACAUCUUCACAGCCUCUGAGGAGGGGAGCUCCCAAGGGGCUCUGCUGCUUGGCCAGGCCCCAGAAUCUUUGUCUCUGCCUUGUACUCCAGUGACCUUGGAGCAGCAACUGGUUUCUCCUUCUGGAGAUCCCCACAGGGCCCCUGCCCUGCCCAGCAUAUGCUCAACUCUGAUCCUCCAGCCCUGUGCCACCCUUGACCCUCUUCUACUGCAGCCACAGGUCCCCAAAAUCUCUGACCAGGCUUUGGUUUCUGCCCACUCAGAGUGGCAGCGGAAACUAGAGGCCGCUGAGGCUCUGCUGACUCUGAGAAACUCUGCCCAGGUCCCUCCUGACUCCAUCUCCCUGCACCAGCCUUGCAACCCACCAGCUCCUGCUGGAGAUAAAGGAUUCCAGCCUCCCAGCCCCUCUCUCCGCCCCAGGCCAGCCAGCUCCAUCUCGCUGCCUAUUGGACAUCUGGGAUGCAUCUCCCUCUUGAGCUAGGAACCCAGGGGAGGAGGCCUCAACAGAGCACUGCCUAUUUGGUAUCCAGUUUCUGAAUGUGCAAAAUGGUUAACGUCCAAAACGCUUAACAUCUUUUUUUGUUUGUUUGUUUUUCUUUAAGCCUUCAGGUGUUUUAUAAGCUUUUUAUUAUAUGGGGCAAUUCCUUGACUGAAGGUGGAUAUUCUUGUACCUCUAUCCCUUACUCUUUUGGAUGCCGGGGCCUUUUUCUGUUUCAUAAAGACAGGAUUGUGCAAUCUAAGUUGAUCAGUCUCUCAGUGGGAUUCUGUGUGGGUUCAUAUGCCAGAGUUUUUAUACGUCUUGUGAUUGCUGACAUACCUGAGCACUCAUGUGUGUACCCAUGCUUGUGGAAACAUGAAGAUGUUUUCGCUUUGUGUCUAGGUUUAUGUACGUGAACAAAUAAUAAACCCUUGUUGUUAUAAGGCA